AUGGAUAUUCCACCGCUUUCUUGGUCCUCUCUGCUCCUUUCUGCUGCUUCAUUUGUUCUCUUCUUUCUAUGGAGAAGGGAGACCAAGACAAAGCUUCUUCUUCCCCCUGGACCUCCUGGUUGGCCUAUUGUGGGAAACCUCUUUCAGCUGGGAAGGAGACCUCACGAAUCUCUGUAUGACCUCUCUCUCAAAUACGGCCCACUCGUGUCUCUCCGUCUGGGCAUGAAAACAGUAGUGGUGGUCUUAUCUCCUGCCAUGGCUAAGGAGAUCUUCAAAACACACGACAAUAUCUUCGCUGGACGACCUGUGAUGGAAACAUUCAGGUCUCUUUCCCAUGACAAGUCCUCGCUAGUUUGGGGUGACUACGGCCCUUACUGGCGCAAUCUCCGACGCAUUUCAACUGUUGAGCUUUUCAGCCCCAAACGAAUCGAAGCUCUGGAACAUCUCAGAAGAGAUCAAGUAUUUCGCACCAUUCGACUCGUAUUCGAGGACAAGGGAAAGGUUGUGGACCUCGGGAGGACGGUAUUCUGCACGUCUCUGAAUUUGUUAGGCAACAUGAUCUUCGGCACAAACGUCUGCGAUCCACGCAAUCCAGUUUCUGCGGAGCUCAAAUAUACCAUCUGGGAAUUAAUGAAGCUCCUCGUAAUGCCCAAUCUGGCGGACCUUUUUCCGUUUCUCCGGUUCCUCGACCCCCAGGGUGUGUCUCGUCAGAUGGCCGGGUAUUUCAAGCUAUUGUAUGACUUUUCUGAAACGUUCAUACAGAAAAGGCUCGCCGCCACCAGCAAAUGCGUUGAUCUUAACGAUUCCGACAAGGAUUUUCUGGAUGCUCUGCUGGAUUCCAGAACUGAAGAUUUCACUCUCGUUGGUAUUCGAGCUUUAAUAGCUGAAUUGUUUGCUGCCGGUACUGAAUCGAGCACUACCACAAUAGAAUGGGCCAUGGUAGAAUUCAUUCGCAAUCCGCAAAAACUGAACCGAGUCAGACAGGAAUUGGAUGAAGUGGUUGGUUGCAAGAGAAGAGUGGAAGAAUCUGAUGUUGAUCGUCUGCCUUAUCUCCAUGCAGCUCUGAAGGAAUCAUUCCGAUUGCACCCGCCGGCUCCCAUGUUGCUCCCCCACAGAGCCGAAAGCUCCUGCGAGAUCGGGGGAUUUGUGAUACCCAAACACACCCAGGUAAUGGUGAACGUUUGGGCUAUUGGGAGAGACCCUUCGAUUUGGAACAAUCCUUCUGAAUUCAUGCCCGAGAGAUUUCUGGAGGGCGAGAAUAGCAAGAUAGAUUACAGGGGACAUGACUUCGAGCUGAUUCCAUUCGGAGCAGGAAGAAGAAUUUGUCCGGCGCUUCCAUUGGCAAGCCGGAUGGUUGCUUUUGUUUUGGCUUCUUUGCUUCAUUCGUUUCAGUGGAAACUUCCGGAUGGGAUGAGAGUAACAGAUAUGACGGACGAGUUUGGAGUUACUUUUAAACAGUUACAUGCAAUUCCCGUACCACGUCUUCCAGAUAAUCUUUACUAGCACUCCCUAGCACGUACUUUAUGUUUUUCUGUUUUGUUUCUUAAUGAAUAAUGGUUAUAAUAAGUAUUGUC